AGGCUGCAGACACCCUUCCAUCGGGACACAAGAGGCCGCUCUUGAGGUGAAAAGUUCGGGAGGCGAGCUCGGCGUUUCAUCGUUUGACAGCAAGGGGCUUGUUUUACAGCAAACAAGAAAGGAUGAAGAUUUCAAGCGACGAUGCGGAAACACAGAUAAUCGAGGAGAGGGUUUAGGUAGCUGGAAAUCCUUCAAGCUUUUUUUUUUUUAGUUGUUGUUGUUAUGUCUGUAUCUGCAUCUCCAGGUUGGCCCCGAAAUCAAACGCCAGGCAACUUGAAUAUCGACUGAACUGCGGAUGAACGCCUGGUCUGGAUUUGUUGUUAUUAGCCGCUAAUGCUAAACCACAGAAGUUGCGAGCUAGCUGGCCUAGCGAGCUAAUGGUUAAAGCGAGGAGGAGAUAAGGACAAUAAGCCGUGUGUAUAUAUGUUUGAUUUACCCAGCUCAGGCCGUCCUGGGACUAAACUCGGCGUCGUGUAGCCGAUGGAGCCAACUAACAUCGGCUUCAGUUGUCAGCUUUUCAACUACCAACCGUCGUAGCAGUUAAACUAGCUCUCCCAGUUAGCCACCACAGCCUCCCCCCCUCUGCUUCUUUUGCUUUUAAUUUGGAAGAAUGAGUAGAAAACACCAUCAUUUUAAAGGAGCAGAAGUCAGCUGCUGCGUCAAAUACUUCCUAUUUGGAUUCAACAUUUUAUUCUGGUUGCUAGGAGCAGCAUUCUUGGGCAUUGGCCUGUGGGCAUGGGCGGAGAAGGGAGUGCUGUCCAAUCUGUCAUCCAUCACGGACCUAGGGGGCUUCGACCCCGUGUGGCUCUUCAUCGUCGUAGGAGGGGUCAUGUUCAUCCUGGGCUUCGCCGGCUGUAUCGGAGCACUCAGAGAGAACACUUUGCUGCUCAAAUUUUUUUCUGUGUUCCUGGGUUUGAUCUUCUUCUUGGAGCUGACUGCAGGGAUCCUUGCCUUCGUCUUUAAGGACUGGAUCAAAGACCAGCUCAACUUCUUCAUCAACAAUAAUGUCAAGGCUUACCGCGAUGAUAUCGACUUGCAGAAUCUCAUUGACUUUGCCCAAGAAUAUUGGUCAUGCUGUGGAGCUCACGGGCCCGAUGACUGGAAUCUGAACAUCUACUUCAACUGCACUGAGCUGAACCCCAGCAGGGAACGCUGUGGAGUCCCCUUCUCCUGCUGUCUUAAAGACCCUGCAGAGGAUGUCAUCAACACGCAGUGCGGUUAUGAUGUUCGGCUUCAAGUGGAGCUGGAGCGGCAGAGAUUUAUCUAUACCAAGGGCUGUGUGGGACAGUUUGAGAAGUGGCUUCAGGACAACUUGAUUAUUGUAGCUGGAAUCUUUGUCGGUAUUGCACUUUUACAGAUUUUUGGUAUCUGUCUCGCUCAAAACCUGGUGAGCGACGUCAAAGCUGUCAAAGCCAACUGGUGACAGGAGAGGUGAAGUGGUGGAGCACCGCCCCUGAGGCCUAGCCGGGCUAACACAGCACACAAACAGUCCCGUCCAGCUGUAGGAUGAAGAGCCGAGAACAUUUAACUCUGUCUACUUUGCCACCGAGCUAAGCAGCGCAUACACACUCUCACACUCGUAUAUGUGCGGACUCAAAGAGUUUACUUCCCCGUUUGUCAGCAACACUUGAAGGGAGAGAAUAUGAUCCCACAAAAACCAAACAGUCAACACUUUGUUUACCACUCAGCUGGGACUUUAACCCAAAUAUACAGAGGACGGUCCUGCCUCCUUCAGAGUUAGAUUUUUUUUUCUUUUUUCUUUUGUAAGUGUAUUUAUGGGACGCAGUUGCACAAGGACUUCUGUCAACUGGGAAAUUGGAAGCCAUGGAUGAAAGUCAGAGACAACAAAACAAGAGAGAGAGAAACAACAGAAAAAGGAACAAUAAGCCUCCUUUUUUAGGUCGAGCACUACAUUGUCACAGAGCCUCUGUCCACUCAGACAGGGGUUGAACAUCUUCUACAAAGAGCCUGUUUUUAAACGUGCUUAUCCCCACUUCCUGCCGUAGGGGAUCGUGGGUGGCUGGCCGGGCCGGCCAACAAACACACGGAUUCCUACGCGUGUCAUUUUUCUCCAUCGUGACCUUUUUAUGACCACUGAACAAACUCUGAACACUGGCUGGCCAAGUCUGCAACUUCGAAUCAUUUCAGGAGAUUUAAAGUCAAAAUGUAAAGAGAGGAAAAAAAAAGAAGUGCCAUUAAUUUCCAGUGAUAUUUUUGUCUCCUUCCUGUUCUUUAGAUAGAAUUUCUGCACCACCCGCCCCACAAUACCUCAGGGCCUGGCCGAAAAUAUAUGCUUUCUGCCACCAGUUAAAAGCAUAUCUAUUUUAUUUCCAUCCAUGUCUGUUGAAUUUAGAUGGACUUACUUAAUGCAGAAAACACUGACAGUCCCUCGAAAGUCGCCCUGUUUGCCCUGCAGUGAUUGUAUUAUCUGUCGAUUUACUGAAGGAUAUUGUGUUGUUUUUAUAUGGAAAGGCCUGGUGUGGUUAGGGAUUGUAGGUCUAUGCUAUACAGGGAAAAGGGUUUAAUGAUAGUUGAGAUUGUUGUUUGUCUCUGAGCAUCCCUCAGGCACAUGGGAUUGCUGUUUUGGGGCCUUUUUUACUUGACCUAUGUUACCACAUUUGUCUUAUAUUUUGUCCUCGGCAUAGCGAAAUAGAAAUAUGUGUAUGUUUAUAGAUGUCCUUCAUUCACCCUUUAUUCCUUUUCCUUUCAUAUACGCAUAUUUUGUUUUACUUCACCUGUUUUACCUCUGACCCCAUCAGUCAACUGCAAAACAGCUUCUCAUUGUUGUUUAUGUUGUUAGCAGUCCUAAUGGAGACCAAAUGAUAUCAGCAAGCUAAUUGCCAAGGUUUUGUCUGGCUACAAUUCUGAUUUUUGUGAGAAAUGCAGAGAAUAACAAACAGCAUUUCUAGAUAGCCAAAAUGUGAAUUUAUUGUCCCUCUUAUUGUGGGAAGUGCCAGAUGGAAUGAGAAAUCAAAACACAAAUUAAACAUAUUACAGUAUGGCUUUUAUCUUUAA